CUUUCACAAAGCUUUGGACUCCUUGAUGUGAUAUCUUCUAAUUGUUUUUAGAGCCUUCUGCUUGCUUAUUCUCAUGUCAAUCCAAGUGCCCUCAUCUCUCGUGGGAGUUCCAGUUCCCUCCUCCAAUUGACGUCGCGAUUUACCUAAUGUCUCCUAGUCAUGGUCGGUAAACGAAAUUUUGACACAUUCACCAACCCCAAAGAUGACCGCAGAAAAGGAGAUAUUGAAAGUGGCCCACGACCAAGAAGAUUCAAUGGUUUGAAAGAUGCCGUCGAAUAUGCAAUUGAUCGACGCACCACUGCGGACCUCAAGACACUCCUGGCCUCAGGCAUUACACGAGGAGAGUACGAAAGAGCGAGAAAAUCCGACCAAGAGCUCAAGAAAAUAAAGAACAAGAACGUCCGCCGCUUCUACGAGAAACAAAAUGCCAGACUGAAUGACAUUGCCGAGGUUGACAGCAUUGUGCUGUCCAUGGCUGAUGACAUCCUGGAAAGUAUGGACACCGAUACAGAUCACGAUGGGAUCAGAGAAAGACAGGGUCUGCUGCAGACCCAAGGCGAGCAUGUCGAAGCCUUGCUUCCUGACCAAGUUCAGGCCGAUCGAAGACGGGCUGCUCGAAACGCACGAUGGGCCAUCAAUAUCAAUGUGGUCGCCAACAUCAUCUUACUACUCGCCAAGAGCAUCGCCGCCAUGAAAUCCUCCUCCCUCUCCUUGAUUGCAUCCCUUCUCGAUUCGGCGUUAGACCUAUUAUGCACUGUCAUUGUAUGGUCGACCAACCGCCUUGUCUCAUGGCGCUUGUCUGCCCUCUCCAGGAAGUUUCCAGUCGGCCGACGACGCUUAGAGCCCUUGGGCAUCCUCGUGUUCAGUAUCAUCAUGGUCAUUUCAUUCGCCCAGAUCCUUCAAGAAUCGGUACAAAAAUUGCUUCCGGGUGGCCACCACCAAGUCGCCAAUCUUCCCGCCGUCGCAAUUGCUGCCAUGGCCGCAACAGUCGGUAUCAAAGGGCUUAUUGGGCUUGGGUGCAUGAAAAUCAAGACCACACAAGUGCAGGCGUUGGCUCAGGAUUGCAAAACCGAUGUUUACUUCAACACCCUCUCUCUGCUAUUCCCAUUGAUUGGCAAGCAUGCUGGCGUUUGGUGGCUGGAUCCGGUUGGUGCUGCAAUCUUGUCUUUGUACAUCAUCUACGACUGGGCUGACACGUGUUUUGAAAACAUCACUCGCCUGUGUGGCCUGACCGUCGAAGACCACGUGCAGAACAAGUUGAUGUACCUGGCUUACCGAUUUUGCAAUCUCGUGGUGGGUAUCAAAGCCGUGACUGCUUACCAUGCCGGGGAUGGAGUAUGGGCGGAGUACGAUAUCUUGCUAGACGAGAAGACUCCCUUGCGCAGAACUCACGAUAUUGCUGAGACAUUGCAAUACUGUGCCGAGGCCCUGGUCGAGGUGGAUCGUGCCUUUGUGACGACUGAUUACUCUGCUCAGAAUCCCGGGGGUCAUGCAACCGACGCGUUGUAGACAAGACUUAGAACGGGGAGAGAACAUCACAUGUUUCAUGCAUCAUUUAGCGACUAAGCGUCAUUGUCGGCGUUGAGAACAUGGUUCUUUGUGGUAGGCUUGAUAGAAGUGUUGAUCCUUCGCUCACAAUAGAAUUCCCAAUCUAAUCCAUGCCUCGGCACGGGUUCUUCUUUGCGAUAGCAC